AUGAACUACAAAAAUGCUAUCAACAACAACAACAGCCACGUCAUCAACAGCAACAUCAACAGCCAUAACAACAACAACAACAAAAACAACAACAACAACCAUGUCGACUACUCUCCCACAGAUAACAAGAACACUAAAAUCGCUGAUGACAACAAACUAAGGAACGAGGAAAAAUUUAUCAUUAAUAAGAACUCUUUAACAAUAUCAAACUUCAAUAGAAACGAUAUAGGGUUAUACACAUGUCUGUUUGACUUCUUCGAAGAAUACCCCAACGACGACGACGAGGAUGAUGGUGAUGGCGAAAAGGAUGAUGACGACGAAGAUGAUGAUAAUGAUGACAAGAAUGAUAAUAAGAAUGAUAAAGAUAAAGUAAAAAAUGGUCACACUGAUAAGGGUGUUAAGAAGUUUGUUGGAAGGCACAAAUUUCUUGUUAGAGCUUCUUCAUCAUUAUCACUGCCGUCCGAUGAAUUUCAUACGCAUUGGAUUGGACCGAAAUCAUUCUGCUCAAUAGAAAAUAACAAAGAAGAAUGUUCGAAUUAA